AGAGAGGUUUGAGAGCUCAAUGGGAAAACACUGUGUCCUGAUGUGCUAGUGCACGCUGUGUCUCUUGCAAGUUUUUGCAACACCACAGGAUUCUUUAAGUUUUGGGUAGAAGUUGCUGCUGCUGCUGCUGCUGGUUUAGCAGGUUCUACUUGUCCUCAUUUACCAUCUUUUAAGUUUGCCCCAUCACUGAGUGUCUUAGAGGACGAGCAGUUUGAGGAGAAGAUCCACACUUUUCUGCUGGCCACAUCCUGUUCAAACACAUCACUCUGCUCGUAUAUCCUCCGCUGUCUGUCCUCACAGCCUGCUUUUAUUCCUUCUUGCUCAACAGACUCUUACACAUUUCAGUCUUCUCCUACAUACACACACCCACAUACACUCACCUCCCCUCACCCGUUCUCAUUUUUUUUUAUUUUUUUUUUUUUUAAGCUCUGCUCUCCUGCUCUCCUGUUCCCCUUCUUCUUUACCUGUCCCUUGCUUUCCUAACCCCUCUGUUCCCCUAAUGGGCACCAUAUCAGACAGCAGUGCCACAUUCCCUUCAUUGUCACUGAGAACCUCCCUCCACCCCUAACCGCCUCGCCAACGCCAACAUCAACACGAUCCAAUGGAGACAAAUGAUAUGAUGCUGACGAGCAUGUUGACAAUGGAUAAAAGAGAGAAUGAGGGAGAGAGGGAGAAAGGAAGAGAGGAGGUGGGGGGAGAAGCGGAGGGAACACAGCAGGAACAUAGUAGGCCGAUGCUGGCUGAUGGUCUCGCAGAGAGAGGACCCAAGAGCCUGAUCUCCGGUUCUGGACAGCAGGUGUCCAAUGGCUUCACCACAUCCACUCCUCAAAGCCCCAGGGAGGGACCGGGGAGCGCAGCUUUUUCUGGAGGAACAUCCUCUGUACCUGGAGGAGGCACCGGGUCCUCAGUGCCGCUUGGAGGCCUCAGGACUCUGGUGGUCCAACAAACCAGCUUGGAGAAGCCCAGAGAAACCUGGAGCAAGAAGAUGGACUUCUUGCUCUCUGUGAUCGGCUAUGCGGUGGACCUGGGAAAUGUCUGGCGCUUCCCUUACAUCUGCUACCAAAAUGGAGGAGGUGCCUUUUUGCUGCCCUACCUGUUGAUGGCGGUGUUUGGAGGUGUCCCUCUCUUCUACAUGGAGCUGGCUCUUGGCCAAUUCCACCGCAGCGGCUGCAUCUCCAUCUGGAAACACAUCUGCCCCAUCUUCAAAGGGAUCGGCUUUGCCAUUUGCAUUAUAUCCCUCUACAUAUCCUUCUACUACAACACCAUCAUGGCCUGGGCCUUGUACUAUCUACUGUCAUCGUUCCGACCCACCCUGCCCUGGACCACCUGCGCCAACAGCUGGAACACAGUCAACUGUAAACAUUACAUGUCCACCGAUCACAAUGUGUCGUGGUCCAACUCCUCCACCUCCCCCGCCGAGGAGUUCUAUAUUCGCCAGGUUCUGCAGGUCCACCUCUCCCCAGGUCUGCACCAGCUGGGCUCUGUCAGCUGGCAGCUGGCCCUCUGCCUGCUCUUCAUCUUCACCAUCGUCUACUUCAGCAUCUGGAAAGGAGUCAAGACGUCUGGAAAGAUCUUCUUCUCACUGGGUCCAGGGUUCGGCGUGCUCCUUGCCUUUGCCAGCUACAACCCGUUUCACAACAACUGCUACAAAGAUGCUUUGAUCACCAGCUCUGUGAACUGUCUGACUAGCUUUCUGUCUGGCUUCGUCAUCUUUACCGUGUUGGGCUACAUAGCUGAGAUGAGGCACCUGGAUGUGGAUGCUGUGGCCAAGGAUGCUGGUCCCAGUCUGCUGUUCAUCGUUUAUGCAGAAGCCAUAGCAAAUAUGCCUGGUGCUACUUUCUUCGCCAUCAUCUUCUUCCUCAUGAUCAUUAUGCUGGGUCUGGAUAGCACGUUUGCGGGGUUGGAGGGGGUGAUCACCGCUAUGCUCGAUGAGUUCCCUCAUGUCCUGUCUAAGAGACGAGAGCAGUUUGUCCUAGGCCUGGUGUGCUUUUGCUACCUCGGGGCUCUCUCCACACUCACAUAUGGAGGAGCAUUUGUGGUGAAGCUGUUUGAGGAGUAUGCUACAGGCCCUGCAGUCAUCACUGUGGUCCUGCUUGAAGUCAUCGCCGUUUCCUGGUUCUACGGUACCAACCGUUUCUGUAAUGACAUCCAGCUCAUGCUUGGUUUCUACCCGGGCUUGUUCUGGAGGGUCUGCUGGGUGGCCAUCUGCCCCUGCUUUCUGCUGUUCAUCGUCAUCAGUUUCCUGGCCUUCCCUCCAGAGGUCAAGUUGUUCAAAUACCACUUCCCGCCAUGGACCACUGUCCUCGGCUACUGCAUUGGGGUGUCAUCAUUCAUCUGUGUGCCUGCUUAUAUGGUCUACCACUUGCUCAAUGCCAAGGGAACAUUCAAACAGCGUCUCUUGAAGAGUAUCACUCCAGAGCCCAGCGGUGAACAACACAGAGACUUCAUUGUCACCAAUGCAGUCUGACCAAACCCUGACCAAAAGAAGGUGCCAGUCUAGCAACAUACAGUGCCCUUUUCUGGACAAACUGCAAAACCACAGGACAAGGGGGCUACCUAUCACCGCCUUUGCCUCUUUUUCAUACAUCUCCUACACUUGUUUUUUAGCUGUCUGACACCAAGAUCUAGAAAUAGUGGUGGAGUUCGGUGGAGCCAGGCUGCAGUAGAUUUAUUUAGCCCUGUUUGGUGUGGUUCCUUAUGCUGGUUCAGUUUUUAAGGAGUUAUCCUGUAUCUUUAGCAUUAACAUCCUCUCUCUAUUUGUCUACUCACAGGUGUCACCUAAGGCAUUUAGUGACCAACUUUUCUUCAGGUUAUACAGUUGUAACAAAUAUUUUAUACAAUUAUAGAACGUAUGAUACAAUAUCUGUCCAUGUAGACAGUAAACUGGCGAUACUGCACAUUGAAAUCAGUUGGAGAAGGCCAAAAAAAUAUACAUUCCAAUCCUCUCUCAGUUUUUAUGGUUGCAUUUUCCUAUUAUGCUGUUAAGUUAUGUAUUCCAAUAUGUAGCAAAAUUCAGGUUAUCUGUUACUAAAGCCAAAUAUAUGAUAUCUGCUCUGUUCAUAUUUCUAAAGAUGUUUCAGUAUUGUAGCUGUCAUUAUGUUGUGUUGACUAUCAGCCUGUGUUUAUAUGUUGGCAUCUUGGGUGAGUGACGGAUUUGCAAUGAAUUCCCUACACUGUGAAGCACACUCUGGUGUCUGGUAGUGAGUGUGUGUGUGUGUGUGUGUGUGUGUGUGUGGUGGUGUGUGUUGUGUGUGUGUGUGUGUGUGUGUGUGUGUGUGUGUGUGUGUGUGUGUGUGUGUGUGUGUGUGUGUGUGUGUGUGUGUUUUAAAAAAAAAGACUGUUAUAAUGUCCAGUGGGGAAAUGGAUCACAGACAGAACCAACCAAGUGUAUUCAUUCUAUAACUGCAAUAUAAAAUGUGUAUUUAUUUUACAAUGUAUCAUUGCUGUCCUUACGACCUCCAACACUUUUAGUAUGACAAACAUUACAUGUGACAUCACAUGACAUAGUGCUGAUGGUCCUUGUUUAAUCACAGUGACAUUCUGCACUAUGUUAUCAUACUGCUCAACUGUCAUUAAUAGAAACCAAAUAUGGAUCACAGCUAAUAACAUUAUUAAUGGCAUCGUCUGAAAAUCAUCGUUACUGCUCUUUACUUUCUACCAAAACAUUGUGUGUUUGUGUGUGUAUGCACAUGUGCCUGUGUGUGUGUGUGUGUGUGUGUGUGUGUGUGUGUGUGUGUGUGUGUGUGUGUGUGUGUGUGUGUGUGUGUGUGUGUGUGUGUGUGUGUGUGUGUGUGUAUUUCUGAGAGUGUAUGGUAGGAGUAGGAGUUAGAAUAUGGCGAGUACUGUACAUUUACAUGUGUAUUUACUAGUCAGUCUGGUAUUGGUGUAAUCUAUCCUGUGAAUACCUCUCUCCUCUCUCCAUGGAUAUGUGUGUGUGUGUGUAUGUGUGUGUAUGUGUGUGAGCACCUGGAUUAGUGUGUUGGUGCACAUAUGGGUGGUUGUGUAAAAAGGAUUAGAGGUGUUCAGGCCCUUUACGUAUGUGUGCAUGCCGUGAUGUAUGUGUAUACCGUACUUCAAGUGUGUGUGUGUGUGUGUGUGUGUGUGUGUGUGUGUGUGUGUGUGUGUGUGUGUGUAUGUAUGAAUGGGUGUGUCUGUAAUGUGAUGUCAUGUCUUGUUAACUGCCAAAAUAUCCAAUGAAGGAAAUAAACUCCCUCUUGCCUCUCUGUCGUACAUCUCUAGCUUAUGUAAGUUAUAUGUAUGUCAAUAAAAGACUGUAUUGAAAAAUA